AUGUCUUCACCAACACCUCCUCCGACGCCUCCUGCUCCCUGUCCAUCAAAUGCUCCGGUCGUUCUAUCACUGAAGCGAGUCAGUGUCUCUCACACCCAUUGUUUCGUCAACCUUCCUUCCUGCAACAAACAAGUUCGUGAUCCAAGAGCUCCCUCUCGACCACCGAAGCCAGCGUUUCUUGUUUCCGUCCCUGUCAAGGAGAGGGCCAGAAUCUUCGCUGAGACCAAGAUCUUCAUUUCCGAGAAGUCUGUCAUUUGUCCUCAUCAUCUCAACGACGAUGAAUCAAUUGUCGAAGAAGCGCUGGCGAAGCUCCCGGACUGCGUCAUUGAUUCAACCUCUGAAGUCACUCCAGACGGAAUCGUUCAACUGCUUCAUCAUCUGGCAGACAUCUCUCAGAGGAAAGACCAGGCAAAGUCUUACUUCCAGAAGAUGGAUGAUGCUGCGCUUCAAGUGUACACUGGACGAACUGUUGCAGAAGUGAAGCAACUCGUUCAGAUGACUCAGGCCUCUCCCUUCGACAUCUGUAUCUACCUCACGUACCUCUUCAAAGGAACAGGAGUUCGGCUGCUGGCAGAGAUGAUCGGAAUCUUGAAGUCAACUGCUCAGCGACACAUUGCCAGAGGAAGGAAGGCUUUAGUUUUCUCUCUGCCGCCCACAGUCUUGAGGCCGAGAAGACAGGAGCUGGAAGACGAAAUCAGUCAAAUCGCAAAAACGAUGUAUUUCCCUGACGGACAUCGAGGAGAGUUGGUAACCAUCUGGGACGGAACAUACAUUUACCACCAGAAGAGCAGCAACUUCAGGUUCCAGAGGAAGACGUUCACUGCCCAAAAGAUGCGGAAUCUGCUGAAGCCGAUGGUUUGUGUCACAACAACCGGAAGGUUCAUCGACAUCGACUGCUGCUGGAGCAACGAAGUCAACGAUGCAGCGAUUCUGAAGCAAAUCAUGGAAAAGGACUGGUUCAAGGAUACCUUCAGACCUGGAGAUGUCUUUGUCCUGGAUCGUGGUUUCCGAGAUGUAGUCGCUGCCCUCGAGGAGAGAGGUUUUAGAGUCGUGAUGCCUGAGUUCCUGAAGCGAGGACAGAAACAGUUCGAGAGCCGACAGUCAAACUCAAACAGAAUGUGCACCAAAGUCCGAUGGGUCAUCGAAGCCAGGAAUCACACGAUGAAGAGGUACAACUCCAUCGGAACUACACUCGACAACAAAUCCAUCAUGACUCUGGCAGACGAUCUUCAAAUCAUCACCUGUAUCACGAAUCUGUUCGAACCCAGACUCUACUCUGAUGGAGACGAUGAGAACAUCGCGGAGCGGAUUCUGGCAGUUCAGUCGAAGGAGAACGAACUGAUGAAACUCGUGACGGAGAUGGGACUGGUAAAGAAACCAUCCAACUUCAAGAGUCUGACAGAAACUCGUGAGAUGAACGACGUCCCUGAACUCAAUUCAAUGGAGCUGAAGAAACUGGCUGGAAACUACUGCCUGAAUCUGGCAAAGUCUUACUUCUUCGACCACUUGUGGGGAGCAGGCUCUGACUUCAAAGUGUCUGUAGCAAAGGAGGCAGCUGUAGUUCGGUCAGAGUUCACGGACAGAGGGAUUCUGGUGCGAGAUCCACUCCUGAUCAAAGGACGAGUCCAGUCGCGACAUUCGAACGGCAAGAGUUACGCUUCUUUCGUUCUGUAUGACAAGAGCGUGAGAGGAUUCGAAUCCAUCAGAGGAUACUUCUGUCAGUGCAAGACUGGAGCGAGAACAACUGACCCCUGUGCUCACUCCCUCUGCAUCAUCUGGUACCUGAGUUACGGCAGAUACGACACAGAUCUCAAACAACCUGCUGCUUUUCUCAACCUUCAUUUCCCGAAAGGAAAGCCGACUCUGGUUCAGGAAGAGUCAGGAGACGAAGAUGAUGUCCCUGUCCAAGAUAAUGAGUAA